AAGAGCUCCGCACGCUUUGCACGUCAACAAAUAUGGACUGGAAUGUUAAUGUUUUCGUACCUUGAGAGCGGAGAAUAAGCUAAAGAAGUACCAGUCCUAGGGAGACUACAAUUCCCAUCCAUCCUCGCGAGUUUCGGCUUUGCAGGUCACACAUUUUAACGUCAGGGAUACCUUGUACAAGCCUCUGGUGGAGACAGUAAUCAAAGCUCAGGUUCCCGGGCCUGCCUCGUUAAGGACUUUUGGAAUCCUGAAAAAAACCAACGUAGAGGAAAAGCUGACUCGUGCCAAGCGAAGCCCCACAACAUGGAACCACAGGUUACGCUAAAUGUGACUUUUAAAAAUGAAACUCAAAGCUUUUUGGUUUCUGAUCCAGAAAAUACAACUUGGGCUGAUGUCGAAGCUAUGGUGAAAGUGUCAUUUGAUCUGAACACCAUUCAGAUAAAAUACCUGGAUGAGGAAAAUGAAGAGGUAUCCAUCAAUAGCCAAGGAGAAUAUGAAGAAGCACUUAAGAUGGCAGUUAAGCAGGGAAACCAACUGCAGAUGCAAGUCCACGAAGGCCAUCAUGUUUCUGAUGAAGCCCCAGCCCCAGCUGUAGCAGAAAAACGCCCAGUCUCCAGGGCAGGGAAGAAGCCACUUGCACAUUAUUCUUCACUGGUGAGAGUCUUGGGAGCAGAUAUGAAGACCCCAGAGGAACCUGCAGCACAGCAGUUUCCCCUUGCUCCAGGAGAUGCAGACCAGCCUCAGGACAAGCCCCCGGACUGGUUCACACGCUACCUGGAGACAUUCAGAGAGCAAGUGGUUAAAGAAACUGUUGAGAAGCUUGAACAGAAGUUACAUGAGAAGCUUGUCCUCCAGAGCCCAUCCUUGGGCUCCUGUCCCUCAGAGGUCUCAAUGCCUGUUUCAGAGGAAACACUGUUUUUGCCGGAAAACCAGUUCAACUGGCAUCUUUCCUGCAGCAGCUGCCAAAGGAGGAUCUUUGGUGUGCGCUACCAGUGCAGUCUCUGCCCCUCGUACAAUAUCUGUGAAGACUGUGAAUCGGGGCCAUAUGCCCAUGACUCCAACCAUGUCCUGCUGAAGUUGCGGAGACCUGUUGUGAGCUCCUCGGAACCAUUCUCUCACUCGAGGUUCUCUACUCCGCGUCUUCCUGCUGCGCUGGAGCAGGCCAGGCUCCAGAAACAGGUUGACAAGAACUUUCUUAAAGCAGAAAAGCAAAGGCUGCGAGCUGAGAAGAAACAGCGCAAAGCAGAGGUCAAGGAACUUAAGAAGCAGCUUAAACUGCGCAGGAAGAUUCACCUGUGGAAUUCCAUCCAUGGACUGCAGAGCCCCAGGUCCCCUUUGGGCCGGCCCGAAAGCCUCCUGCAGUCGAACGCCCUGAUGCUCCCUUUGCAGCCCUGUGCCCCAGCUACACCAACCCUCAGUGCAGCAUUUGUGGAUGAGAAUUUGCCCGAUGGGACUCACCUUCAGCCGGGAACCAAGUUUAUCAAACACUGGAGGAUGAAAAACACAGGAAGUGUAAAGUGGAGUACAGACACGAAGCUCAAGUUCAUGUGGGGGAACCUAACCAUGGCUUCGGCGGAAAAGAAGGAUGUUUUGGUUCCCUGCCUGAAGGCCGGCCACGUGGGAAUUGUGUCUGUGGAGUUCGUUGCCCCAGCCUUGGAGGGAACAUACACUUCCCAUUGGCGUCUUUCUCACAAAGGCCAGCAGUUUGGACCUCGGGUCUGGUGCAGUAUCAUAGUGGACCCCUUCUGCUCCGCAGAGGGCUCGGAUAGCAUGGAGAAGGGCACGCUCAGCCCAAGCAAAACCGAUGACCUCACCUGCCAGAAAGAGGAAGCUUUCCUUCUGGCUAAAGAAGAACUUCAGCUUGGUGAAGCAGCCGAGCAGACAGAAGGGAAAGGAGCCUGCGUCUCACAGAAGACCAAAAAUGCUACCAGCGAGAGGGAGCUCUACAUCCCGUCCGUGGACCUGCUAACUGCCCAGGACCUGCUGUCCUUUGAGCUGUUGGAUAUAAACAUUGUGCAGGAGUUGGAGAGAGUGCCCCACAACACUCCUGUGGAUAUGACUCCCUGCAUGUCACCUCUGCCACAUGACAGUCCUUUAAUAGAGAAGCCGGGCUUGGGGCAGAUACAGGAGGAGAGUGAAGGGGCGGGAUUUAAAGCACUCUCUGAUCCCGCGGUGUCAGUAAAGGGAAGGGACGAGAAUGCUGCCCCGGCAGAGGAGGCCGAAGAGGACCUGAGCGGAACCCAGUUCGUGUGUGAGACUGUGAUCCGAUCCCUCACCUUGGACGCCGCCCCAGAUCACACCCCGCCCUGCAGACAGAAGUCCCUGCACAUGAAAUUUGCCUUACCUGAAGAGGGACCACUUGGAGAUGAGAGAGAGGAGAUGGUCCAUAUCACUGAGGAAGAAGCUGUUGAGGAGGAGGAGGAAGAUGAGCUCAAAGAUGAAGUUCAGAGUCAGUCCUCUGCGUCCUCGGAGGACUACAUCAUCAUCCUGCCUGAGUGCUUUGAUACCAGCCGCCCCCUGGGGGACUCCAUGUACAGCUCCGCGCUCUCGCAGCCAGGCCUGGAGCGAGGAGGCGCUGAAGGCGAUCCUGGGGCGGAGGCUGGGCAGGAACCAGCCGAGGCUGGGGAAAGGCCCCCUGGAGGGGAAAGCCAGCCCCAGGUGCACAGCAUCAGUGACAUCCUCAUGACCUCACAGACUCUGGACACAGUGCCCCUAACCCCAGAGGUGGUGGGGCCUCCACCACAACUACCCAGGAGCCCUCCUUGUGCACGGCUUCCUGGCUCCCCAGGAGUGGACUUGCCAGUCACCGUUCCAGAAGUUUCUACAGUCCCUGAUCCGAUCACAGGAGAGCCCAGAGUCUCAUCAGGACUUGCAAACAGACAGAAGAGCUAUGACCACUCAAGGCACCACCACCACGGGAGCGGCAUAGCUGGAGGGCUGGUGAAGGGGGCUCUGUCGGUCGCCGCCUCUGCAUACAAGGCCUUGUUUGCUGGACCACCAGUCACUGCCCAGCCGGUAGUUUCUGAAGACCAGACAGCAGCCCUGAUGGCUCAUCUCUUUGAAAUGGGAUUCUGUGACAGGCAGCUGAACCUGAGGCUGCUGAAGAAACACAAUUUCAACAUCCUGCAGGUUGUGACGGAGCUCCUCCAGGUCAACAACAACGACUGGUACAGCCACCGCUACUGAGUGACCGUGCAUUAAAUAACCUUGCCUGCUGCUCAGAGACGAUCCAUGUUGUCGUUGGGGUGUGGGGGAGAAGCCCUUGCUUAUUUUCAAUCUGAUGAAGCUGUGUAGAGCCCAUCACCGAAUUGUCCAGACAGUACCUGCGUGACAGCAUUUUCUGGAGCAAAUGGAAGACCAGAACGUGUUCUCACUCCAGACAUGGGGUGAGCGGUAGGGGGACCGCUUUCCAGUUGAUUUGGAAUAGAGCUCCUUUCUCCAUUCAGUGCGUUGAAGAGUACACCUUGAACUUCCUAGACAACCGUUUUUCUUUCUGCUUGUAUUGAAGUUGAGUAUUUUUCUUGGUUAACGUGGAUGUUUUUAUGGGGUUAUAUGUUAAUGUCAGUUUUUAAAAGAAAUUAACCCUGAAAGUUGUUUUCAAGAAUUACUCAGAAUUUCUUUACCCGACCCCAGGCCUCGUAGUUACGUGGUGCUGAAAUGAUGCCCAGAGCACGAUAGGAGUGAUUCUCUUCUCUCGCUGUCAGAAAGCCGUUUCCCUGCGAGACGUAGGAGUUGGCACUGCUGUUUUCUACAGAGCCCGCUGGAGAACUUAAUAAUAUCUACUCUCUGGGUCUCUGCACCGCAGUGAAAGGGGGAGGUAUUGGUAGUAUGCUACUAAUUAAACCACCAGCACCUUUUGAGCAGUGUCUGUUGUAAGCUUGCAUACGUUUUUCUUUUAUUUAAGGGAGAAGAAAUUAGGUAGUGUGAAAUAUUUUGCUAAUCCUAUAGAGGAAAGAAAAAAACUAUUAAAAGUAAAUUUAACAGUCACCUUUUUUCUUACAUCAGAGCAGAUCUUAUUUACAGUAGCGGGGGGGAGGGGAAAGGCAAGGCUCCCGUGCUGAUCUCAGGAAAGUUCGGGGGUGGGCACGAAGGUGUGCGUGAGGCACAGGAAAGCCCGACGGCCUCCUGGAUGUGUGAGAUCUGUUCGAGGGUGCCCACCCCAGGGAGCUGGGACAGGGAGAGGAGGCUGGUGCUUUGCGAAACCUGGCUGGGGGCAAACACUGGAAGAGUUCUGGUUUAACCCCAGGGUGAGUGGGGGAGAGCUUGCUUCCCGGGGUGCAGGUCCUCACUGUUUUCAGAAGAGUCUCGGCUACAGUUGGUCAAGAAAGAGAUUACCAAAAAAAACACUAAAAGAUAUCUCCAUGAAAAUGACUCCAAGAAAAACAAGAAUCUCACCCCAGCCCGAAGGGGGGGGGGGGGGAUAGUAAAAUAGUGUUAUUUAACCUGGUUGGUAUUUAUAAUGAAUGAUUUUAAUCAUUAGCCAUAAUGAUGUUUAUUUGCAGUAUAACUCUCGAAUGCUAAUUAAUAAGCUAGGAUUCAGAACGCAAACCAAACGGGCUGUUCAUUAUUUAAAACGUUUUUCUCCGGGCUUCUGGGUAGAGACUGAGCGGCAGGGUGUGUGUAACUGCGUUGAUGGGGGGCGGGACCCGUGUCGGCCUCCUGCGUUGCAUUGUCGGGAUCCGGGGGGCGCCCGGGUCCGGCUGUCCACCCCGUUGUACUUGUACAUAACUGCUGGAAAAAAUGGUGAAAUAAAGGUUCUUUGAAACUC